AUGGGCGACACGGAGCAGCCCGAUGCUACAGAGGAGGGCGAGCCCAACGAGGGCGAGGCCGAAAACCAGGAGGCCGGGAACCCCCAGGAAACCAAGGAUGGCAAGGAUGUCGUGGAGGUCGAUGACGACGAGGAGGCUGACAAAGGAGACUCGCAAAAGAAGGCUCGCACUGAAGCUGCGCCGACAAACGGCGAUUCAAAGGAAGCCACUGCCGUCGAGUCGAAGUUCUUGGUGGCACGGCAUCUCCCAGAUUCGGCACGACACCGGGAGUGGUUUGACAAGUUUGGCUCGACUGGCAAGGUCCAGCAGGUCACGUUUUUCGGCCGCGACCCUCCCUCGGCUGUACUCGAGGCGGAGACGCCUGCGGAAGCCGCUGCGCUGGUCAAGGAACUGAACGGCAUGGAUGUCGAUGGAGCGACUGUCGACGCCAAGCUCAUUGACCAGGACGAGCGAUCUCGGCUGCUGCGAGAUCGCCAGGCACGCAGUGGCGAUCGGCACGGCCGCUAUCCAGACCGCGGUGCGAGGAUGCGGGGACCACCCGACCGUGGACACCGCAGGGACCGCAGCCGGAGCCGUCGCGGUGGUGGCGGUGGCGGCGGCGGUGGUGGCGGCGACAGGCGAAGGCCAGCUUUGACCUUGCGAGGACGCGCAGGCGGCGGCAGAAGCCUGUCGGGUCGAGGUCGGCGCUACGGAGAUCGUGGAGAUCGGCCAGGAGGCGACCGAGGAGGCCGCGAACGACGCGGUGACCGCGGGGGUCGCGGGGAUCGCGGCCCUGCGCCCCGAGAUCGGGACUGGGAUCGUGGAGGAGGUGGCUAUCGCCUGGCCGAGCGAAGGCGUUCGGACCGCGGAGAGUGGGAAGAGCGGCGGGGAGAAGGAGGAAGGCGCAGAAGACGGCAUGGCUUCUCCCGACGAGCCGAACGUCCAGACAGGCGGCGUCCCAGAGGUCGACCGGAGGAUGAGCGUCGUGGCGGCUCUCGACCCCGCAGCGUCGAGGACCGGCAGGAUCCACGGGGCCGUCGCCGCCGCGUGCGUCGCGCCGCUCGUUCUGACAGUCGGGAUGAGGCUGAGGACCGGCAACAGGACGCCGAGCCGCAGAAGCGCAGGCGCGUGGAGAAGGAGCCGGCGAAGAAGGAUGCUUCCGACAGCGAGUGCUCGGAGGAGAGUGAAAGCAGCUCGGGAGAGAAGAGGGAGGAGCCCAAGGAGCCCGUCCCAGCCCGGUCGACCACAGCUGAGCGAAAGAGCCGACGUGACGAGCUCGAGGCGAAGGUCGCGGAGACCAUGUCUGCAGCAGGCGAAGCCUUCGCGGAUGCUGAGGAAGCCAAGGAGCUGGCGGCUGACAAGCGAGAGAAAGCGGAUGCAAUGGAGGAGAACGCGACGGACCAGGCAGCAAAGUUGGACAAGCUCCAAGAUGAGGUGGAAGCCAAGAAAAAAGAACUUGCGGCUCUCACCCAGGAGGUCGAAGAGGCCAAGGACGAGGUCCACCGCCUCAAGCAGGACGCCGAGGCUGCGGCACAGGAAGCUGCAGAUGCCGAGGCUGCAGCAACAGAAAAGGAAGAGCUUGCAGCAGCUGCCAAAGCAAAGGGCGAGGAAAAUGCAGCGGCACUUGCCGAGUUCGACAAGAAGUACGGUAUGGGGCCGGAAGAGGCCCCAGUGAACGAGACUCAUGAAGCCGAGAAGGCUGCAGAAGCUCCUGCCAAAGAGGGUGAGAAUGCGGAGGAAGGCUCUGAAGAUUCCUACGAUGAGAGCGAGGAGGAAGAGGAAGAAGUCGACGAGAGUGCCUCCGAGAGCGAAGGCAAAGCGAAGCCGCGAGCCGGAGCGGCGAAUGCCGCGCCGCGGCGCGCGUGGCCCGCCGCCCCCGAGCGGCCCCCGGAGCGAGAUCGGGGAAAUCACGCUUACAGAGAGCGAGAAGCAGAGGGAAGGCCGGGACGGGAACGAGAAGGACGGGACCCCAGAGAUGCUCGCGAUGGGCGAGGACGGGACCGAGAGAGGGAUCACCGAGACAUGCGUGAUGCCAGAGAUGGGCGAGAAGCCCGAGACACCAGAGACGGUCGCGACCGCGGAGACCGCGACGGCCGUGACGGCCGCGAUGGCCGCGAUGACCGAAAUGGCCGCGAUGGCCGCGAUGGUCGUGAUGGCCGAGACGGUCGGGACCCUCGGGAUGGCAGGGAGCGAGAGGCACGAGACGGGCGAGAUGGCCGCGAUGGGUGGCGAGAAGUGCGAGGGCCGCGCGAGCGCCGGAGAUGA